CUCUGACACAAUCAGGCCACAAGGCCACAAGCCCCACCAAACCCCCACCGACUCACAUCUUCUCUCCGAACUCACCAGCUUGUCCGUACCUCCAACUUAAACCAGCCUCUCCUCUGCAUUUCCUCUCCAAACCAAAAAACCACCCACGCUUUCAAAAUGUUGAUCAAAGUCCGCACACUCACAGGCAAGGAGAUCGAUCUCGAUAUCGAGCCUGACUACAAGGUCUCCCGGAUAAAGGAGCGUGUCGAGGAGCGCGAGGGUAUCCCCCCUGUCCAGCAACGACUUAUCUUCGGCGGCAAGCAGAUGGCGGAUGACAAGACAGCUGCAGAAUACAACCUCGAGGGUGGCGCCACACUCCAUCUCGUGCUUGCCCUCCGUGGAGGAUGUGAUGCCCUUUGAACCGUCCUGCAUUUCUUUUUAGAUACCAUACUCUUUUACAGCAAUGAGAUUACGUUGAGGAAAACUCGUGCAUUACACAUGGAGCCCUUACCUGGGGUCUAUCUUUGACAGAUGCAAUGCUGAUGUUUGCGCUUGACCGGCGAUAAUUUGCAUACUCGGCGUCCUGGAUAAGUUUGUUUGGUUAACUAUUAUCAUUGGUUAUGCGAUGACAUCUCAGGUUGGACUUGGCUGCGAGCCUACCUAGGUUCAAC